AUGGAGAAGCAUGGCGGUAGAAUAGCAUCUGACAGAAAUAUGAACGAGUUCCAGGGGAGCCUCACGGAUGCUGGUCUUCGGGACAUGGGAUUUCGGGGUUACCGAUAUACCUGGGAAAAUAGAAGGACAGGCGAACGGUUCAUAGAGGAGAGGAUCGAUAGUUUUGUUGCCUCGGAUAGCUGGUCGGAGGUUUUCCCCCGAACUAGAGUCUCCCAUCUAGAGAAAGAAAAAUCGGAUCAUCGACCUCUUAUCUGUGACACAAAAGGGAGGAGGAUGAAGAGUCACGCUGGGGAUGGUCGUUUAAAUUUGAACCCCACUGGGUUAACCAUGGCGAAUGCCCGAAGGUGA